AUUGAGAAUGCUGCGCAUCGCAAGACAUUUGUUGUUCGCUUUCCGAUCACAACCGCAGGUGCCCCAAUUUCAGAUUUAGAUGAAACCGGACCCUCCAAUUUACGCCACACAGCUCAUGAGAGCUAUCGCAUGGUCGUCGACAAUCCAAACAAUCCCAACCCCUAUGCUCCGUUUGCCUCUGAGCGAGAUUGGAAGGUUGGGAUGUGGGCCAAGAUGCAUGGCCCUGGUUCCACCGCUUUCGACGAACUCCUUGCGAUUGAGGAGGUUGCAAAUCGGCUUGCGUUGUCUUACAAACAUCAGAAAAAAAUCAGUCAACUCCCCUCCGCACGUCCUUGUUUUGAGCGCCAUGAGAUUGUCGUUGCUGGCGAGGCAUUUGAGGUCUUCUAUCGAGAUAUUCUGAAGUGCGUGGAGGCGCUUUAUGGGGACCCGGACUUUGCAGGACUCCUUCUUCUCGUUCCGGAGCGACAUUACACCAACGAGAACAAGACAGCCAGGGUGUACUUCGACAUGAACACAGGACAAUGGUGGUGGGCUACUCAGAAACAGCUUGAGAAGGAACAACCGGGUGCAACGGUCAUCCCCAUCAUCAUCUCGUCAGACAAGACGCAGCUUACCCUUAUCGGGAACAAGUCCGCAUAUCCCGUCUAUAUGACGCUGGGCAACCUGCCAAAGGAUAUUCGCUGCAAGCCUUCUCGCCGCGGACAGAUUCUUCUCGCAUACCUCCCCACCUCUCGUCUACAGCACAUCAACAACAAGGCCGCACGUUGUCGCACCCUUGCGAACUUGUUUCAUGCUUGUAUGAUUUCGCCGCGACAUAUGACCCGCGUUCUCGCACCUCUUGCCUCUGCUGGUGAAACGGGAAUGAGGAUUGCAAGUGGGGAUGGUAUAGUCCGCCGCGGUCAUCCCAUUCUCGCAAUGUACAUCGGGGACUAUCCCGAGCAACUUCUUGUCACUGGUUGCAAGACCGGUGAGUGUCCGAAGUGUCCUAUUGACCGGAAUUGUUGGAAUCUGGAGAAUUCACACUCUAGUAUCGACACAUCCCGGCCCCUCCGUGACCUAGAGAAAAUCCUUCUCGCGGUAUCAGCAAUUGACGAGGGCCCCCGGGCCUUUACGCGUGCAUGUGCUGGGGCCGGAAUCAAGCCCAUUUCCCGGCCCGGCCCUGCACAACACUACUACCUCUCGAUCACCCCAGAUGUUCUGCAUCAGCUCUACCAAGGAGUUCUCAAACACCUCGUUUCGUGGCUGCAGGCGGCGUUCGGAGCUGAGGAGAUUGAUGCGCGCUGCCGCCGCAUGCCUCUCAAUCAUAACCUUCGCCACUUUGGCAAGGGGAUCUCCACGAUGUCGCGCGUCACUGGAAAGGAACACCAGGACAUUGGUCGCAUUUUGCUAGGCCUUGUCGUUGGUCUCGAGCUUCCGAGUGGACACUCUCCCGCACGUCUCGUUCGCGCGACAUGGGCUGUCCUCAACUACUUAUACUACGCACAGUACAGCACUCAUACGACUGACACCCUCCAUCUCCUGGACCAGACGUUGGUCGAGUUUCAUGACAACAAAGGCAUCUUCGUCGAUCUAGGCAUCCGCACGCACUUCCAUCUCCCUAAACUCCACUCUCUUGACCACUACAUCAGGAAAACAUGUCUCUUUGGCACCACCGACAACUACGACACACAGUACUCCGAACGCCUUCACAUUGACUUCACAAAGGAUGCAUAUCGGGCGACAAACCACAAGGACGAGCUGACCCAGAUGACGAUUUGGCUUGAGCGUAAGGAGAAGGUUCAGCGUCACGAGCGGUAUAUUCAAUGGCGUCUCGCACAUGCUCGGCCCAGCGAUCAUCUGCACUCCACAGCUGACAGCAAAAAAACCCGCGUCGAAAUGACCAAGCACCCUUCGAUUCGUGCGGUCAAGAUUACAGCCAUUCCCACUGACUAUGGCGCAUAUUUCUUCCGUGACGCUCUUGCCCGAUUUGUCUCGCAACGCAACUAUCCGCAUUAUACUCCACAGCAAAUAGAGCGCGAGUCAGCACGCGUUUGUUUGCCAUUUCAGACCCUUCCAGCAUAUCACAAGGUCAAGUUCUGGGUAACUGAUCCUGAUGUCUGUGCAGCACCUGGAACAGAGACGCGAGACGUUAUCCAUGUGCAGCCAGCUCACAAGAGCAAGCGUGGUGACGUGCUCCCUGGACGCUUUGAUACUGCACUUGUGCGCGACACUCGGGAAAAUGCGCAGUUGGGAAUACACGGUUUACAAGUAGCGCAAGUCCGUAUCGUCUUCAAGAUCCCUAAGAAAGCCAUCCCCGUUCUGUUUCCGAAGCUCAGCGACGCAGCGCGCCCUUAUGGGCAUCUCGCCUAUGUCGAGUGGUUCAGCCCAUUUACUAAUCCUGAACCUGAUCACCGCAUGUACAGGGUUUCUCGAGAUCUCGGAGGGGGAGGAGAGCGGACGGGUAGCAUUGUCGUGAUUGACGACCUUGAGAGGAGCUGUCACCUAUUUCCGGACUUUGGUCCCAUAGCUCCUCGUGAGUGGACAAGCUCGACAGUUUUAGAAUUAUGCCCAUCUUUCUAUGUGAACCCAUACGUAGACCGUCAUAUGUUCAAGCUUAUAUUGUAG